AUGGUACUUUCGCCAUAUCUACUCCUCUCUUUGCUUGUAACACUAGCAGUCAAUACCGUUGCAGCCGAGGACUGCACAGUCUACACAGUCACCAACAAUGCGAUUGCAACGGCUGGCGGAGCCCGGUUCACCAGCGAUAUCGGAGUGGAUUAUAGCAAGCAAAUACUAGCAUGUGCAGCAGCAUUCAUAUGGAGGAUCUUCCAACAGACUAACCCAGCAGAUAGAAAAAAUGUUCAAAGGGUUGACUUGUUCAUCGAAGACAUGGAUGGUGUUGCAUACGCUGACAACAAUGAGAUUCAUGUCAGCAGCAACUAUAUGGGGAACUACACUGGUGAUCUGAAAAGAGAAAUCGGUGGGGUGCUCUACCAUGAAAUGACACACAUAUGGCAAUGGGACGGUAACGGAACAACUCCGGGAGGACUGAUUGAAGGGAUUGCUGAUUUUGUAAGGUUAAAGGCUAAUUAUGCACCUAGUCACUGGGUGCGACCAGGGCAGGGUGAUAGUUGGGAUCAAGGGUAUGAUACUACAGCUAGGUUUUUGGACUCUUGUAAUGAUCUUAGAGAUGGGUUUGUGGCUGAGCUUAACAAGAUGAUGAGAACUAGUUAUAGUGCUCAGUACUUCGUUGAUCUGCUGGGGAAGACUGUUGAUGAGCUUUGGACAGACUACAAGGCCAAGUAUGGAAAAUAG